AUGGCGGCGUGCAGCCGAUUGUGGGUGGUAAUCAGCUCCGUGCCUGCCUCCACCCGCUCCCACCCAACCCGCCCGUCACAGGGCAGGAUUUUACAGCCCGCGGGCAGGCGCGUGCCCAAUCUGAUCGGGCGUAAAGUAGCGCGCGAUGACGCAGUCAAGCAUUCCUACGUCAUUGUGCAUUCGCGCGUUAUUUCGGUCGGUGGGCGCACGCAAGAGUCAGCAACACGCCUGCCAACAAUUAAGAAGCCUAUUAACGUCCUUAAUCAAGAACAAAAGUCAAAAGAUGCACUCAUGGACAGCCCACCUAGGAAGGUGGACGUGAGCCUACCUCCUCCUCUUCCUGAAGUGCUUCUCAAGCCAGUGAUAACAAAGGCUAUGGCGCAUGAUGGCCAGGCUGUGGAGGGUGCAACUGACCACCACAAAUCGGGACACUGGUCUGGGACAGUUUUGGAAAACACCACUAAAACAACAAAUGAUCUGACCAGCAAUAAACAGCGACUUUACUUUAAUAUUACCAUUGCCAGGAACAGGCUUGUCUUUCCUAAAGUAAAGAUUUUGAGAGGUGAACUGAAAAUCUACAAAUACUUAGAACAGAAUACGAAUUUACAUCAGAAACAGAGGCCUGCAAACCUGCAGCUUGUGAAAAUCUACCAAUUGCUCAAGCCAGCUAUUGAAAGGAAAGAAUUUCAGCUCCAUUUCCUUGGCUCUAAAGUCAUUACAUCAAAUUAUGAGAGGGCUGAAACGUUUGACAUUCGAAAAACAGUUGAAUACUGGAUAAACUACCCACAGGAAAAUUAUGGCCUUGAACUUGAGUUGCUUCCCCGGUUUUCCAGUCACAAACACAAUGACGAAGACAAAGUGACCAUUGAAGCAGAACUGGAAAUAGAAAUACAAAAGGUUUUUAAAGAAGUCCGCACACGCCGUGAAAGUCACACUGAGGACUGCCAGAGAAAUCAAAUACAGUGUUGUAGACGAUCGCUACAUGUAUCUUUUGAGGAGAUUGGAUGGUCAGACUGGAUUAGAGCCCCACUAAGUUACAAUGCCUUUUACUGUGAUGGCACUUGUCCUCAGAAGUACAAACUUGCUACAAUGCAUACUCUAAUCAAAUCAAAGAUGAAUCAUCUUUCUAACGGAGCUAUUCCUGCGCCUUGUUGUGUUCCUGCAUCCUAUGAACCAUUAACUCUCCUGCAUUUUAACAGUAAUAACAAAUUAACACUUACAGCAUUUGAUGACAUGGUUGUGUCCAGAUGUCAUUGCUCUUAA